ACGAUUUUUGUUCCCUCUGUGACUCACUCACUCACUCACUCACUCGUUUUCGAUGAAAAGAAACAGAAUCAGGAUCAUUGUUCAAUCAUCACCAUCGAAGUCAUCAUCUAUCGCAGCAGGGUGAUGUCAGUUCAAAGCUUCAAACCAGUGGGUGGUCCUUCGGAUGACAACGGAUGUCUCCAUCGAAUGAAGACGGAAGGAAACAUAUCAUUAGUGACAGUAGAGGAGUGAAGCAGAAUUUAUUGUCGUCAUUUGUAGUAUGGGAAAAGCUGCACCAACAGAAUUCUUUAGGCGUCUACUAUUGAAAUCAAUCACCAACACAAAGGGAACAAGAAGAUUAUCCAGCCAGGGUAGARAUACYUCCACGUCCCAGCGACUCACACCACGAACCACUGCYACCAAGACCACGCGUGCGUCCUCGCUGUUCCUACCGGGAUACUACGGCCUAUCGAUAACAUAUUGCUGGUUGUUCGCUGCGGUUUCGACCACAUCUCUGUCAAGUGCCUUUGCGCCCCAGAUUUUCCCUAGUCAUCGGCUCUCCCCUUCCGCCACAAAGGCCUAUUCAACGUCAAAGGCAUCAGCACCGACAACAAUCGCAAAUCCGGGUCAAAAAGCCGUCAGCAGCAUCAGCAUGCCGUUUCCGUACGUUUUCGAYGGAGAUCGCUCCGUACCGUCGUCCGAACUACCGUCCUGGAUGUUGCCACAGAGGACCCGCGUUUUGACCGAGACCGAAACCGUUUCCAAUGGCAAAGCAAAGGGGAAGGRCGACGACUGUGUGGUCUAUUGGAUGCAGCGAGACGUCCGGACAGUCGACAACUGGGGAUUGCUGUUGGCACAGCACCUAGCACAAGAGAAGGGCUUGCCGUUGCGUGUCGUUCACGUGCUUGCGUCACCGUCCCCGUUGCCAGACACCGGUGGCGAGGAUGAUGAAACCAGUAGCGAAGAUGACACACCGCCGCCGCUCGAGUCGUUGCGAACCACGGAACGACACGGAAAGUUUCUGUUGGGAGGCCUGAAAUGCGUCCACGACGAAUUGAAGCAGAAAAACGUCCCCUUUGACGUCGUUCACCAUACGAGUGAAACGCCAGAGGAUGAAAGCAAUGCAUAUGUGCUGGAAAMRUUUGUCAACGUGCACAAACCAUCCGUGGUCGUUUGUGACACGAGUGUUCUACGCAAUCCACGCCGAUGGAACGAAUCGCCCUCAUUUAGGGAUGCCUUGGACGCAAUGGGUGUACCACUCUACCAAGUCGACGCCCACAACGUUGUUCCGAUCUGGUAUGCCAGCCCAAAGCGAGAAGUUGGUGCCCGUACCCUUCGAUCGAAACUCCACAAAGUGGUAGAUGAGUGCUUGCAAAACAAAGACUAUAAGAAAGGACUGAUUCCAGAUUUUGUUGGCAACGAGCACGUGAAUCUAUCGAAGGCGAUGGAAAAGGAAGCAAGCAAAGACUUCGACUACGACUCCCAUGUCCGAUUUUUGGAGUGGGACGAUUCCGUGAAGUCUGUCCUGAGAGAGAAACCAGGAACCGAAGCCGGAAUCAAGAAAUUUGAGGCGUUUACAAMGACSGGUUUGCGCCAUUUCUCAAUGCUCCGAAACGACCCCAACAACGACCUGGUUUGUUCGRGCUUGAGUCCGUGGUUCAAUCACGGUCAUCUGAGCUUUGCAACRUGCAUGCGAAUWYUGAAAGGACACAACCGCGACGCCGAAGGCAAGGCUUCCUUCGUGGAAGAAGGAUUUGUGCGGAGAGAACUAUCGGACAACUUUUUGUGGUACGCACCCGACACGUACGACACGCURGAGGCCGGGGCRCAAUGGGCGCAAGAUUCGCUCGAGCUGCACAGGCACGAUCCAAGGGAAUAUAUCUACAGCCUCCGUGAAUUUGAACGUGCAAAGACCCACGACGACUUGUGGAACGCAGCACAGCUACAAGUCGUCCGAACGGGAAAGAUGCACGGAUUUUUGCGCAUGUAUUGGGCGAAAAAGAUUCUGGAAUGGACCUCGUCCCCUGCGGAUGCCUUGCGAUACGCCCAAUACUUUAACGACAAGUACGCUUUAGACGGACGGGAUCCCAAUGGCUUUUGUGGYGUCGCUUGGAGCAUUUUUGGCAACCACGACAUGGGAUGGAAAGAAAGAGAAAUUUUUGGGAAAAUACGAUUCAUGAAUUACAACGGGUGCAAACGAAAGUUCAAAGUGGAUCAAUUUGUCAAAAAACAUCCUCCGGCAGCCAAAAAYGCAAUKAAAGCAGCUGUCAAUAAGGAAGUUGCUUCCCGAACAAUCCAUCGCAACCAAAUUGCAAUUGCGAACACACCAGCAGUGCCGGCCUCUUCAACUUCUUCAGAUAGUGAGGCCGAGCAAACCCCAAAACGACGAAAGACCACUCUUAACAAAGMAAGAAAGAGACAAAAAACAUCCGCUAGUGCAGAUGACAGCGAGGACGAGGUCGAAGAUCUGAGCGGCUUGUCGAAAUCGGCUGCAUCUCGAAAAACGGUGAAGGUAUUGAAAGCCUAUAUCCAAUCUAAAGGUGUUUCUAUCAAGGACGAUAAUGGGAAACCCUUGUUAAAGGCUGGGUUGGUUGAUGCAUUGAUGUCGAUGUCCUAAUGAAGAUAUGAAUACUGGGUAAAAAUAGCACAACCAUUGAUUAAAUGAAUACAUUAAAUUGUUUUUGGGGAGUUUAUAUUGGCACCAUCGUAAUAAAAUCGACAUUGCCAC